UCCCCCAGUGGUAUAAAAUCUUCCUGUUUUCCAUGGGUAACUUCAUUUUGAAACCGUGUAUAUUGAUAUUGGCUCCCAUUUGUCACCUUUAGAUUAAUUGCAUUCUAGUUAUAUUAGAAAAUUAUGUCUAAAUGUUCCAUUACCUUGACUCCUAUUUGCAAGCCUGGUAAAACAGUAGUCAAAUGCUUCAUAGUAAUAGGAGAGCUAAAAAAAGAAAAAAAUCAUGUUAUAUUCUUCGUGGAAAAUCCCAACUUGUCAGUGGGAAUUGCUAGGUUAUUAUAGGCUUUUUAAAUCUGCUUUCUUCCCUCUAAUCAAGCCGAGGAGCCUAUAAAUAGUUUUCAGGUACACUUUUGAAUCAGGUUUUUCCUAACUGAAGAUUUUCUGGUAUCACCUGAAAACUGUUAUAAAUUUGUGGUCCAUAAUGAUCAUUUGCUGCUGGGCCAGUAUAAUUUUUUUCCUUUUGUGUAUCUUUUAGCCCAUAAAACCAUGAACAUCUAAUCAUGUUAAACCUCAGUAUUACCAAUGGCUCCUUUCUGUCCAUCACAAUUUCUCAAGAGAAGGAGAAAUUCCUUGAGGCACAUUCUAAUAAACUGGCUUUGAUGUUCAGUGAAAAGUUAAAAUUAACAAGGAAAUGUAAUUACCUGUUCUGGAAAGUGUUAUUUUUCUUGAGGAAUCAUGAAGUUGACACGUUGGUUGAGCCCUAAAUAUUUAUUUUGUAUCUGGAACUCGAGCAUCUCGAGUUAUUUGCAUUGUGAACUUGUAAUCUCUUUUUGCAGAGGAAAGUACAAAACAGUUCCCGAUUUAAAUGUACCUUCUUCUGUCUGUUCUGUUGCUUGGGCUUUGGGACAAAGAUAUUCAGAAGUGAAAUGCUUCUUGGUCAACAGUGUCUGAAUCUAUUUCACACAUUAUCUGCAGGUGUUACUAUUAUGCAAAUACUUUGUGUAUAAUCUUUUCUCUUUCCAUUUUACUUCAAUGGACACCUGAUUAGGAGUUCUUGGGGAUAAAUUGCUACAAACUCAGUUUUGCAGCCAGUUUUAGUCCAGGGCUUUGGUGCACAGACUCCAGGACAGACUGGCACCUUCUUGUCACCACCCAUCCACUUGUCUUGAUCUUGGGUGUUCAGCUGCAGUUCCCCUUCAAAUUUCCCUUUGUGGAAAGAAAAGGGACAUCUUUUUUACAACUACCUAAUGUAUAGAGAGAACCAUGAGUAUUUUCCAGCCCUCUACAAAAGCAUUUAAAUUAUGGAUUUUUGUUUGGUUUUUCCCCCCUUUUAGCCAGUUGUAGUGUAACCUGCAAGGUGUAUUUGAGGUGCACUGGUGUAAAAAUGUAAUUUUUCUUUUAACAGUUAGUUAGAGGAAAGCUUGAGAGUGUUUCAUACUGUGACUUGUGACUUGCAAAUUUUGGUUUAACUGAUGUCCUAGGUGUACCUUAACAUGUGACUUUUUACCCUUAAAAGGAUGGAUUUGUUAUAUAAUAGGUUGCACAGCUGUCAAAUUUUUGCUGCUAACAUCUAGUCCAAUUGUUUUUAGUAAAUGGGGAUAUGAAGAAUUGCCUUAAGCACUUUAGAUUUGUUUUUUUUAGACUGGUUUUUUUCUGAACUAGUGUCUCUCCAGCGCCUAUUAUCAUAGGAAGAUGAGAGACACCACACUGCUCCCAGCGAUGACUUUUGUUGCAGUUGGUGCAGAGUUUGUGCCUGCAGCUGUACAAGGAUGCCUGGAGCCCAUGGAGUAACUGUUCCCUUUGUGAAUCCACUUACAGGGAUUUGGAGAGGGGUGGCUCUUUGGCAAUGGAUUAGAUUUUUUGAAGGUCUGUUAUUCAAUCCAGGAGGCUUAUUUAUUGUUAGUCAUUCUGAAUCUGAUACUGCAUUGUGGCUAAACAGGGAUUUUCUGCUCUAUGAUCAAAAGGAGAUGCUUAAUUUUUUUUUUCUUUUCUUUUUAAGUACUGACUGCUGGUAUUGUGAAAUUAAUGUUAACUCCAAAAGCCCAACUUUUGAGGAGCUAAAGGUUCUCCUUGAGGUAUUAAUAAAUCAAAUGAGUGUAGCUGUCAUUGUUCUGUGGAAAACUAAAGAGAACUGUGUUAACUGCAGCUAGGCCUAUCAGUGUCCGAGAGGAUAAUAAAAAAAACCCCAAAAAACAACAAACAAAAUAACCAUCCAGGGGAUAUAAAUGCUUCUCCAAAUACCAAACAGGCAGGGCAGAGGUAGCAGGUUCAUUUUUUAGAAGUGCAGGAAACGCAGAGGCUAGUGUAAAAAUCCUGUUUCCUCACCCCCCACGUUUCAGAUGGGGACCGGAGAAACGACCUGGGAGCGUGUUGGGGUUAUCUGUGUUUUUCAGAGCGGGGGUGUUGGAUGAGCGCUGACCGUGACUAGUGUUGAUGUCGUGCCCCAGCGUCGCUGUUUUUGGGUGUCCUGUGGGAUGCCCAGCCCGGCCCUGAGCUCCCUUCGGAGCUGAUCCCGGUAGUCCCCGAGCGUCCCUAAGCCGCACCACGAGGUCCCUGGCCGGAGCCCCCAGCAUGGCGGGGAUGGGGAUUGGUGGAGGUUGGGAGGAGGGUGUGCUGUUCUGCUUGUGACGCGAUGUUUUGUACUAAUACAGAAAUCUGCAACGCUGCGUUCCUCUCGCUGUGUCAUUUUACCGCCGCCUCGGUUUGGGGGAUUUGGGGAGGUCUGGACUGUUCCGGGUGGGUGAGAGACCUCCGUGAGGGAGGUUUAGGACAGCGUGGGGGCGGCAGGGAGCGCACUUUACGACGGCGGGCGGCGCUUCGCGGCGGCGCUUUCCGGCCUGAAGCCGCAUCACGGUGCGGGCGGCCGGGCAGCGGCUUCCGGAGCGCCCCGGGGCUGAUGCAGAAAAUCAACAGGAACGUGGUCCUGGCGCUCCUGUCGCUGACCAGCCUGGUUUUCCUGCUCUUCCAGCUGUGCUAUUACAAGUUCUACCUGUCGCAGAAGAAUGGAGCAGCUUUUUCCAAAGUCAGAGGAAGCCAGUCAGGCCAAGACAGCACUAGAUGGCACGUGGUUAGGAAAUUCCUAGGAUUAAUAUCCAGUCACAAUAUUCCAGUGUAUUUGAUUGAUCCUUUGAUUCUGGGACUAGUUGAUAAAGACAUCGAACAGAUCAGAAGCUCUCCUGAUGGCCCCAGCCCAGAGUGCAAAUACUUCUGUGCUCCAAGAGAUUUCACUACCUUUGCACUACUGGACAAAACAUGGAAACAUGAAGUGGGUCUUUUUAGAACUGCUGAGAAGAUAGGGUUCCAGUGGCUUAAGAUUAUAAACAAGGACCCCCGCUUGGAUGGGAUGGAUGACCUAUCUGGAAUGGAAAUUCCCUUGCACUACAUAUUCAAACUGGCAUCCCAUGCCAUUCACCUGGUGGUCUUCUAUGAGAGGAGUGGCAAUUUCCUCUGGCACGGGCCCCUGAGGCUCAAGCAACACAUGGACAGGAAGUUUGUGCCUUUUCGGAAACUCCACUUUGGUCGCUACCCUGGGGCAUAUGAAAAGCCAGAACUUCUGCUUGUUUCCAUUGAUGACUUAAAAGUUCAAAUUCCUAAAAAUCCGUCCAGUUUUCUAGAGGAGGUGUCCCACUCUAGAUUUCUUGAAUGUAGGUACAGAGAAGCUCGGGCUUUCUUUCAGCUGUAUUCUGAUGAUGCUUCCCUUGAUGCAGUGGAAUUCAGAAAAAAGGCAAAAUCCUUGCUUCAUCUGGCUGCCCUGACACUGAAUAACUUGGGAGUGAAGUUCUGGCUGAGCAGUGGAACAUGUCUCGGCUGGUAUAGGCAGUGCAACAUCAUUCCUCACAGCAAAGAUGUGGAUUUGGGAAUCUUUAUAAGGGACUACAAAGCAGAUAUCAUUCCAGCCUUUCAGAAAGCAGGGUUGCCACUGAAGCACAAAUUUGGCAAGGUGGAAGACAGCUUGGAACUCUCUUUCCAGGGAGAAGAUGAUGUGAAACUUGAUAUUUUUUUCUUCUAUGAAGAGGAUGACCACAUAUGGAAUGGAGGAACUCAGGCCAAAUCGGGCAAGAAAUUUAAGUAUCUCUUUCCCAAGUUUACUCUGUGCUGGACUGAGUUUGUGGAACUCAAGGUCCACGUGCCCUGCGAAACCCUGCAGUAUGUGGAGGCCAACUAUGGCCCGGAGUGGAAGGUGCCUGUGAAAACGUGGGACUGGAAGAACUCACCCUUCAACGUGCAGGACAAUGGAGUCUGGCCUAUUGAUGAGUGGGACAAUGUCAUCCAAAUCUACUGAGCCCUGGCUGCUGGCAGAGUCAAUCCCCAGAACUGUCAAUUUGUGAUCUCCCAGUGCCCAAAGCCAUCAGCACCCAUUCCCUUUGUAAUACCCUGUGUGUUUCCUGAGGAAACAUUUACCUCACAUUGCUAACAGGUAUUUUCUUCACCUUCAUUGUGCUUUUUCCAAGUGGUUAAAGGAAAUGAAAAGCAACUAGAGGGAAGGGAAAUUGAAAGAAAAGCUGCACAAAGGGAGUAGAGAGGACUGCAGUGGACUUAUGGGCAGUUGACUGUUUAAAUGUAAACAGUGGCCAGGUGGCUUUGACAUUCCUGGGAUCAUCAAAACUUUCAGACUGUUCAGUUCUCAAGCUUGAGAGAAGGUUAGGAUGGGAAAAUCUCAGAGAAGUUCCUCCUUUUUCAAAGGAGAUCGUGUGACUGUUUAACUUCAAAACACCAGAGGUGUACUCGUACAUCAAAUAUGCUUGAUUUGAGGCUAGUGUAUCCCUACCAUGAGCAAUGGGUCACUGUUGGGAGUGGAAUGUUUCUGUGGUACAGUACCUGUGUGACCUUUACAUCUAGGAGGUAUCUGGUAAUGGAUAGGUGAAGCUAGGUGAAUGGAAGGAGAAGCUGUUCACAUUGGACAUUUUUCAAUUUGUCUUUUCUUUAAGAUUGUGAAGGUGCAUGCUGGUGGGAUGGCUUCUCCAUGAAAAGAAAGAAAAUUCUGGUUUUAAUGCCCCAGUCCUUGUUCUCCCUGUAAAAGGUUUGACCAGUUAUAGGAGAUUACAGCUAUCCCUGCAUUCCUGCAAGUAGAUAGAAAUGGGGGUUAUUCAUAGUUUUCUGUUUCAUAGAAAAGAGGCUUCUCUCUAAAGGAAAGGAAAAAUGUGUACAAAUACCAACUGUUCAUCAAAUUUGCAGCAGCAAUCCUGUCAGUCCUCUCAGUUUCAGUUUCUCCUGCCACUGAAACACUGGAAUAAGUUGUUCAGCUCCCAGCAACAACUUGUCAGGCUGGGUCUUCAAUUGGAUAUUAACUUUGUUUGCUCUGCCUGGUGAAGAAGAGAGAGAUGUAAAAUCCUGCUAACAUCAAUCACUUGCUAAAAUAACCAUGACAUCGUAAGGGAUAAUUUCUCAGGUAGACUUUUUUGUACUUUUUCCUUAAAAUGGGGAAAAAAAUGAAUGUCCUUGUGGUUUUCAUGUUCAUAACUCUGUUGUCCUGAACUUCUUGCUGUAAUAACAUGCAGUAAGCCUGUGAGUUUCUCAGAUGUGGUAAAUGUUUAAGAGUGAAAGAAAAUAUGCUCUCAGAAAAUUAUAAUCUGUCAAAUUUUUGACUUUGUAGAUGAAAAAACUAAUGAAAAAAAAUGCAUGUCCCUGAAAGGGAGGAUGUCUGGAAUAGUUGAUUAUACCUGUAAGGUGUUCUUAAAGUUAAAAUAUUUUCUCUUCAGAAGAUAAAGUGUGUAUUUAACAUUGAUUAAAAGGAGGGUCUAGUUUGCAACUUGA